CCCAGGGCCCGCUCAGCCUCCUCCCCUAAAGAGGACCGCCCGGCUGCGUUGUGCCAGAGCAGAGCACAAGGAAGAAAGUUUGGAGUGCAGAGGGGAGUUGGAUCGCCGGAGGAAGGGAACCAGAAGACAGGGACUUCCACUCCAAGUUUGUGCUGCCGUCGCCGCGACCCGGAGGCGCCCGCCCCGCAGCGCGCCGCAGCAGCCAGACUUCAGCCCACCCAGAGAAAUGGGACUCUCGGUCCGGGUCCGAGGCAGGCGCUAGACGCUGGGCCAGAGGCGGGGGAGGAACUUCUCUUGAGAGCUGUCGCCGUGGGCCCUCAUUGUCUGCAGGAACUCUCCGGAAUCCGGAGGGGAAGGACUGGAUCGCUCUUCCACUGGGAUUCGUCAGGAGUUCCGGCGGCAGCUGAAGCAGUCGGUUGCAGAGUCUCCCUUUGUCCUCCUAGGACCUCCCUCCUUCCAUUUCUCCCUCCGUCAGUUAGUGGGUUCCGCUGCCCCAGGCGCCAGCGACCUAGUUGCUCGCUGUCUCCCACCCCAGGAUCCCUGGUAACUCCUACCACCGUAGUGUCCUCACUGAGUCGAGCCGAGGGGGCUGCGAGCAGGACGGAAUCGCAGGCCCCUGGCCGCAGGAUGGUGGCGGGACUGUCCCUGGCCCACAGUCCCGGGAGCUGGCUGGUCCCGGGGCUGUGGCUGCUGGCGCUCUGCGGUCCUGGGGGGCUGCUGAGAGCCCAGGAGCAGCCCUCCUGCAGAGGAGCCUUUGAUCUCUACUUCGUCCUGGACAAGUCUGGGAGUGUGGCAAAUAACUGGAUUGAAAUUUACAAUUUUGUCCAGCAACUUACAGAGAGAUUUGUGAGCCCUCAAAUGAGAUUAUCUUUCAUUGUGUUUUCUUCUCAAGCGACCAUUAUUUUGCCAUUAACUGGAGACAGAGGCAAAAUCAGUAAAGGACUGGAAGAUUUAAAACAUGUUGUUCCAACAGGAGAGACAUACAUCCAUGAAGGACUGAAGCUUGCAAAUGAACAAAUUCAGAAAGCAGGAGGCUUUAAAACCUCCAGUAUCGUAAUUGCUCUGACAGAUGGUAAGUUGGACGGUCUGGUGCCAUCAUAUGCAGAGAAAGAGGCAAAGGUUUCCAGGUCAUUUGGGGCUAGAGUUUAUUGUGUUGGUGUCCUUGACUUUGAACAAGCUCAGCUCGAAAGAAUUGCUGAUUCCAAGGAACAAGUUUUCCCUGUCAAAGGUGGAUUUCAAGCUCUUAAAGGAAUAAUUAAUUCUAUACUAGCUCAGUCAUGCACGGAAAUCUUGGAAUUGCAGCCCUCAAGUGUCUGUGUGGGGGAGAAAUUUCAAAUUGUUUUGAAUGGAAGAGGAUUCAACUUGGGCAGCCGGCAUGACAGUGUUCUCUGUACUUAUACAGUAAAUGAAACAUACACAAAAAGUGUAAAGCCAGUAAGUGUGGAGCUUAAUUCUAUGCUUUGUCCUGCACCUACCCUGAAUAAAGUUGGAGAAACUCUUGAUGUUUCAGUGAGCUUUAAUGGAGGAAAAUCUGUCAUCUCAAGUUCAUUACUAGUCACAGCCACAGAAUGUUCUAAUGGGGUUGCAGCCAUCAUUGCCAUUUUGGUGUUACUGCUGCUCUUGGGCAUUGGUUUGAUGUGGUGGUUUUGGCCCCUUUGCUGCAAAGUGGUUAUCAAGGAUCCCCUGCCUCCACCACCACCCUCUGCGCCGGUAGAGGAAGAAGAAGAACCCUUGCCUAACAAGAAAUGGCCAACUGUGGAUGCUUCCUAUUAUGGUGGCAGAGGGGUUGGAGGAAUUAAGAGAAUGGAGGUUCGUUGGGGUGAUAAAGGAUCUACUGAGGAAGGUGCAAGGCUAGAGAAAGCCAAAAAUGCUGUGGUGACAAUUCCUGAAGAAGUAGAGGAACCCAUCAGGCCCAAGCCACCUCGACCCAAACCCACAUACCAGCCUCCUCAGACAAAGUGGUACACACCAAUCAAGGGUCGUCUUGAUGCACUCUGGGCUUUGUUGAGGAGGCAGUAUGAUCGGGUUUCAUUGAUGCGACCACAGGAAGGAGACGAGGGCCGUUGCAUAAACUUCUCCCGAGUUUCGUCUCAGUAAAAGGAAAGCAGGAAGACCAAGAAGGUAUGAAGAUGGUACAUCUUCACACUGCUGAAUUCCAACCAAAUGAGAAACUAAUAAGUGCAUUUUAGAAGUUUUUGGAAGAGCAGCUUUAUUCCUUUCAGUCAGGAAAUGUUUUCUCUGCCUUCUGCUUUGCUUGCACCAGACAUUUCCAAACAUUUGUUCUGCCAUCUACACGGCAGUUGAUGAAACCCAGUGGCAACUCAUGAUUCAUCACACUGAAAAUAAGGAAGAACUUUAAUGUACAUGCUCUGGUUUGCACAAGAAAGUUUGAAUGUGUGGAAGAGGAACAAAGCAAAAAUGACAGCAAGAAGAUGAUAUCAAAACAGGGACCACAAAACAACUGGCCGUGAUGGAUCUUUAAUGGAGAAAGGAGUGUUUAACAUGGAAACAUGGCACUUGUGUUUUUACAUGGCAAGAUUGUUUAGCCACGGGCAGAGUAUAAAAUUUCCCACCAGGCUAAGCAAAUAAAGGGGUCUAUUGCCUUAUAGCUCUGUCAGAUCACAAAAUCUUUCCAAGUCGCCCACCACAACGUGCCUUACGGGAAGCUUCUGACUGGACUUCUUGUCAUUCUAACACUGAAAAGUGCACACGCAUGACAAAAUGUAGACAGGAUGCCUCAAGGUAUUGGUAGCAAGCAAGAUUGUGCCCUUUAGUUCUUGAAGACACCUUUCUUUCAUUAUGCACUCGGGAAAAGAAGAAAUUAAUAGAGCGUUAUUCCACAGGAAGACAGCCACUAGGCAGAGAUCUUGAGUGGAGUAUAAGGGACUCAUAAUUAAGAACUUGUCCCUGUGAUUGGUAGAUUUACCCCUCUUUUAAUGUGUAGGGUUUAGUAGUGCAUAAAGCAUUAAUAUCUGUAAACAUACCUAGGAGUUUUGUUUGCUUUUAAUUUAAAGGAAGCAGUAACAUCGAAGCUUCCGCUCAGGGUUUUUUCUUUCUCCAAGUCUCUGAGGGCUCUUCAGCGUCACAAGCCAGCAACUCUCUUUGCAUGAAAAUUUCAAAGUUUAAUUAAUAUAAUUAAAGGCAACAGCAAGCAGCAGCCUGUGAAGAUUUUGCUCAUCUUUUUUAUGCCUUUUGACAUUGAAUGACCUAUUACUGUAUGCACAUUACUUGGAUUUUGAGGAGCACUUCACCUUGGUUAUGAUUCAGUAGAGAAAAAAAAGAUCUCCACUCAUCAAUUUAUAAAUUAAAUUUUCAGGAAGAUCGGCCACCACAAAACAUCGAAAAUGUAUGUAUUAUAAUUUUUUAGAAAAACCACCAUCGUGUCAUGUCGACAAUGCCAAAUUAUGUUAGCGUGAGCAGAAACACUGUGGGGGAGGAAGAAGGCAGCAGCUGAAGAAAAAAGCUCAAAUGAUCUAGUCACUUUCGAUACUGUACUUCAGAUGCGAAAUGGAUAUUCGACUCGAAACCUGACAAAGCGCGCCUGCUUUGAUGUGAACUGGUAUAGACAAUGACCAGUGGCUGGGUCAGUGGGAUGUCUCUCUGCGAGCACAGAGGCUUAUCAAAUGACACUAAAAAUAAGUUCAACAACCAUCACAUUGGAGGGGAGAAGGCGAACAUUUCAUGUUUGGCGGGCAUGUGAGUGCACGAGAUGGAAAGAGCGAUUUGGAGCAACCCAGUAUAAUUACCCCCGUUGUGCUCUUAAUGGAUAUUUCAAAGGACGGCAGUGAUUUUGUUGGUUGGUGUCCAGAGUUGUGGCACUGUUCCAAGAAGCCUUACAAACACAAAUAUACGUAUAUAGACACACACACACACACUCACACACACAUAUAUAUAUACUCUAGUUUGAAUCUUUUGCUCAAGUUUAUUUAUGUCACUGGCUGGCUGGAUCCAAAGUCAUGUGUCUACAUAUUCAUAAAUAAAAAUUUACUUGUGCCUCUGCUACCAUUUUCUUUAAGCCUACAUAAACUCAAGCCUUGUUUGGUUGAAUAUAUAAUUGUCUUGGUUAGUUUCAGGGACAGAAUUAUAUUGAGUUCCAACAUGUCUUUUAUGUUCACAAAUGAUACUAUUAGCAGUAACUAUUCAUGUGUGCAAGUGUGACUUGGAAGCCAGAUACAUAUGCAGUUAAUUAGUUCUUGUAGACCUUCGUUCUACAUUUGCAUCUGGGACAGCGCCUAUUGCUAUUUUCUUAAAUUGGCACUUCAUUUCUGACAAGUGCACACUCCUAAAUGGCAUUUAAGAAUAUUAAGGAUGCUUAGAGGCUGAGGCUGUUUCUUUGAUAGUUACUUUGAAUUUGUCUAGUAUCAUAUGGCAUUUGUAUGACACUUGUAUUUUGCUACAUGAGCAAUGUAAGUAGAUAACGGCUCUUAAAUGGUAAAAUAGCUUUCUGUAGAUUGUCAUGCAAAUGAAUUUUCAGUUCUAACAUAACUAUGAAGAGCUCUCAAUGAGGGAGAGGCAAUGGUCUAUUGUAGUCUAAUAAAAAACCCUCAUAAAGUUCAAAGACAGAUGGAAUUUUAUUACACUUAAAGAUGUGAAUCAGAUCUUUGUUAUGAUUUUCUCUGAUUAACUAACAAAUGAGAAGAAUUUGCUUUAAAGAGUACUGUUUUCUUACCAAAGGACUAAAUUGAAAAAUUCUACAUCUUUUAAACAGGAAAAUAAAAGCUUAGAAUAAAGCCAUUUCUGUAAGUUUAAUAACAUUUUAUAUUUAAUGUAAAAAACUAACUCCUGUUUAAUAUUUUGGACAUAAUGUCCUUGAAGAUCUACUUUCUGUGAAUAAACGAGUAAGUCUUUAUCCAUAAUCCGUUUGUGCUGCAUAAGGUUGCAAAAACAAUUAAGUGGGAAAUGACUCCUAACUUAUGUGUCUACUCUGUCUGGAAAGAAAGUUUUGAAGACAUCUAUAUAUAUUUCAUAACAAUGUCUGUUCUUUAUGGAUUUGAUCCAUAAAUAUUUAUCUAUCUGAAAACUUUGAUACUUGGAAUGUUUUCCUUUAAGCAUUUGGUGCUCCCAGAAAAAACAUUUGGUGCUGAGAGUUACAGCACUGAUGCCUUUCCCCAAGUUAAUUCUAUUUUAAAAUUUUAUAUUUCCUUGUCAAUGAAAUGUAGAGUAACAUUUGAGACCCUCCAUUAAGUAGGGAGCAGCAUCUGUCACUAUGGAUAAUUACUAUUUUGACAAAAAUAUGUAAGGUUUAAACCUUCUAUAUUUCAAAUCGUUAGAGAAAAAGCAAUUUGCUUAUAUUUCCUUUAAACUUUAUUCUAACCAUUUUAAAUCAUAAAUUAUUCAAUAUUUGUUUUUUAAAUAAAUUUUUACUGGAUAAAAGAUCGAGAGUCUCUGUGAACUUAAUAACUUUAAAUAGCCAUGACCAUUGUUUACUAAUUAGAGGAAAUUUAUUAGUUUUUUUAAAUUAAAACUAUAUUAUGGACAACAAAAUGUCUAAAAUAUUUUUGCUUCAUGAAUUACACAUAUUCUUUAAUUUUAAGAGGGCAAAACACAAUAAGGUCACAUUUACAAAUAUUGUAAAGCAUUGUAACUUCCUCCACUGCAAAGCCUCGUGGUUCACUUUUACAAGGUUUUGUACAGCAUCACAUUACUUUAGGAAAUUUAUUAGUGUUAUUGCUACUGGAAAAUUUUGGUGGUUGUAUGUGCACAGUAGAAAUAUAUCCAUUAGUUUCAUACGAAAGAAAAUCUAGAAUCUAGAAUCAUAGAUCAUCUCUGGUGCAUCUAUUGUAUGUUUAAGGCAAGAAACAAGGUGAGGCUAGAAAAUGUCUAUUUGCAGAUAAUAAAGUGAAUGCAACCAUAUAGUCUAGUCUUGGAGUUAGAUUAAUAUUUUAUUUAGUAAAUGUCUAUAGCAUAUUUCUGAGAACACUUCAGUUUUGGUAUAGCUAUACGUUUAAUAGAUUCUAAUUCAGUCAACUUGAUAAAAGAAAGAAAAAUUCUUUUCUUUCUCAUAAUGUAGCAAGCCCCGUGCUUGUUUUUUAGGUACUUUAUUUUUAUGCUUUUCUGCCAAAAGAAAAUGCUGAUAAGCGCACAACAUAACAUGCAAAUUUAUAUUAAAAUGUGCUUGUUCAGAUUGCUUUUCAAGAUCUAUAUGAAGGUAAGGUGUGUGUGUGUGUGUGAGUGUGUGUAUCUAUGUGUGUGUGUGAGAUAGAGUGACUGAGUGUGAUACAUGCUACAAAUCGUCUUGGCUUAGGAAUCUGGUGAUGGAGGGCCUAGACCAUAGACCUAGCCACAACUAGCUUGCUGAAAUUGAAUGUAUCAGCUUCUCAACCACGGGCCGGAGAUGAACUGAAGAUAACUAAAGUUUCUUCCACUCUGAUAGCAUUUCUCUGAAUAUUGUCAUAUUGGAGGUUUUUGUAUUUAUAUAUCAUGUUUUUAAUAACUUGCUUUAUUUGUAAGCAUGGUAAUAUUAGCUCUGUAAACUGCUAUUUAGUUACAAAAAAGACAUUGAAGCGUAGUACAAAAUUUGAUAAUUAGCCAUAAGAGAGUAAGUUCUCAAUUAAUUUCUUAUAACUACAAUUUGUCAAAGAAGAAACUAAUAAUAAAGUUUAUAUCUGAUGAAA